UGUGUGUAUAUAUAUUGAUCAGUGUGCUGAUAUACAACAGCAAUCAAGUCACUAUAUUCCUGAAACUAGACUCAGUCUUUAUUGAACAUGAAUUUCUUCAAAUUGGAAUGUGUCGUUCUCCUAGCCGUUGUCGUCAUAGUGUCUAUUGUAUUAUCCACGGGACACGGUUCCGGGCACGGGCAUGGCCACGCCCCAGCGCAUGGCCACGCCCCAGCACAUGGCUCCGCCCCAUCACAUGGUUCUGCCUCAUCACACGGACCCGUUCCAGGACACAUAAAACCAAAAGUUAAAUGUUCAGGAAUCUGCGGCAUCGACUCCCACUGCGACGACCGCGACGAAUGUUUCGACGACUACGACUGCGAGGAUGACGACGAUGUGUGCUACGGUGUCUGUCCGCGCAUGUGCAAGAACACGAAGACAGUAAAAUAUAUAAUUGAUUAAGGUUAAAAUAAACAGUUUA